AUGCUCGAAAUAUCUGUGAAGUUGAGAUAUGCUGGCGCUUAUCGUAGAUUUAGAAUUAAGGGAGACAAUUCGGAAAGUCUUUUCACCGACUUGAUGAGUCAUAUCGCGCAUAUUGCAGAAAACACUACAUCAUUUGAUGUCGCUUGGCAAGAUGAAGAUGGCGACAGUAUUGUCAUCUCCCGACCAGCUGAACUUGAUGAGGCUAUUGACUUACGAAGAGAAGAUGUGCUAAGACUGCAUGCUGUAGGGGACAUUGGAAGCUCUACUUCUACAUCAACUUUGCAGAAUUCCGAAGUAGAGAAGGAAGAGAAAAUUGGAAAUUUUGAAACAAAGAGAUCCGAAUCUCCGAGGAGUAUUCCUAGAAGAAGUCCAGAAAGCAAGUUUGGACGAAAUGAGAGGAGAACCAAGAUAGAGAAGAGGAAAAUGAGAUUUUCUCCAAUUCGAUAUCGGGUGAGUAAUAUGAAUAUGUUUUUGCCUAAGGACGGCCAAAGACGAUGUUUCUACCAGGAGUAUGACCAUCUAACCUCUUCUGUGGCAAAUCAUCAUGGCGAUAUUAGAAGAUCUGCUGAAGAUACAAGAGAAGCAAAAGGUUAG